AUGGAUUACCAGGCAUCACACAGCAUUCAAAUUGCCAUGAAUACCGUCCAACUGAUUAUCAGUUUAUUGAACAAAAGAUCAGCUAUGGAAACAGCAAGAACUAUUAAAGUUACAUUUAGGUGCAAACCUGGAUAUGAGGAGACAACAACUGGAACACUAGAGUGUUCAGCAAAUGGAUCCUGGCUUGGUGAACCAACAACAUGCAAUGAAAUCACAACAACAACUACUGCUGUUCCCACCACAACAACAGAGACACCUACAACAGAAACAUCUACAACCACAACAACAGAAGCACCUACAACCUCAACAAGAACAAAGCCUGCAAUAAUCCCUGCAUCACCUUACUUCUCACCCCCAAGCCCAGAAGGAUUUGACAAGUUUGGUUAUAAGGAACUAGAUAUGGUUAGUGGAAAUAUGCUGUUGAAAUAUUUUAAUGUACUUUAUAUAUGUUUUAAUGUACUU